CAACUUUUCAUUUUUCAGACUCAGUAAACAACGAGGUAAACAACUAUGAGUGUCUCUGUUAGGCCUGGUAUAGAACAUACCCAUAAAGAUUCUCGUAAGCCUUUUUCAGAAAAUGUGUCUGUCAGUGUCACAAAUAAAAAGCAAGUGAUGUCUGUUGAAGCGAAGAGACAGCCGUUAGGAAAUCUAAGCAAUGAAGUUGAUAGAAAUGGGUCAAGUCAGAAGAAGAGUACCUUACCAUCUAAAAUAUCUACUGAGAAGAAGGCAGCGGCAAUUGCGAAGGAUGAUUUACCAGAGAUAGAAUACAUGCCUCCUCCUCAUACAGAGGACGAUGAUACUGAUUUUGAAGAGCCGGAGUAUUUGAAGAAUAUUGAUAAAUUGUUUUUGGGAAAAAUUGUUCAUCAAACACUAUCAAAGUCUAAUGUUGAAAAGUUAACUUUUGAGAAAUCUCGUAGAUCAAAACAGACCGCUGGUUGGUUUUGUUUGCCUGAUAUUGGUGACAUUGAAGACUUCACAACUGAUGAAACUGAAGAUUUAUUAUUUAUCGAUUAAAUUAAAUCUGUUGAUGUACACAACUUCACACUAUUCUAUACUAAAAUUAUGCACUGUUACAAAGCAUAAUUUUAGUGAGCCUCUGUAUUAUUCACAUGAUAAGUCACUUAAAUAUAUCAAUAAUAAUUGAUUUAAUGAUUUUUAGUUCAUCACAGUUAUCAUUUAUUUAAAUAUCACUGUCUUGAGUGUUAUGUGGCA